CUUAGCCGUCUGGCCGCUCUAGCCGUGCGCUCUCGCUGGCGCCGCGGCCGCUCCAGCCGUUUGAUCCCUUCUCCUUGGCCCUCCCCCCGGAAGCGGCGGAGGCAGCGGCGGGGCCGCGUUAUGGCGGGGACGGCGCUCAAGCGGCUGAUGGCCGAAUACAAGCAGCUGACCCUGAACCCACCAGAAGGGAUUGUAGCAGGUCCCAUGAAUGAAGAGAACUUCUUUGAGUGGGAAGCUCUGAUCAUGGGUCCUGAAGACACCUGCUUCGAGUACGGGGUUUUCCCUGCCGUUCUGAGCUUCCCACUUGACUACCCGCUAAGUCCUCCGAAGAUGAGGUUCACAUGUGAGAUGUUCCACCCAAACAUUUACCCAGAUGGGAGAGUUUGCAUCUCUAUUCUUCAUGCUCCUGGGGAUGAUCCCAUGGGAUACGAGAGCAGCGCCGAGCGGUGGAGUCCCGUGCAGAGCGUGGAAAAGAUCCUCUUGUCUGUUGUUAGCAUGCUGGCAGAGCCAAACGACGAAAGCGGAGCCAACGUCGAUGCCUCCAAGAUGUGGCGGGAGGACAGAGAACAAUUCAACAAAAUUGCCAAGCAAAUUGUGCAGAAGUCACUUGGACUUUAAGCUCACAAAGAGACUGAAGUGUUUUGUAUUUCUCUCCACCUGAAAAACGAGCAGUGCUCAUUUGCUGGUACCAAAAAAAGGAAACCUUUGCAAUACUAUUGGCCUAGUUCUUAUCAUUCGUUAUUUAUUUACCAUCUCCUUUCUUCUGCCACUGCUCCAGAGAACCCUCUAGUUCACUUGCUAAAUUGUGUGGAAAAGGGAUUUAAUACCAGGGAAAAGUAUGGAGACAAUGCUGAUUCAAAGGCUGCUUGUUGCUACCUCACUUCAUGGUAUGGAAAGCUUGAAGACUUGGCAAUCUGCAGCCCGCCUCUGCCCGUUUGCUGUUGGAGAACAGAGCUGGUUUGGAUCACCUGCUGAAGAACAAGCUGUGUGGUUUUAUGGUAGCAUUGCACCUGGAGCAGCAGCAGACAGGAAAUAACCUCACAGUUUUAUGAUACUCUCUAAGUUAAGGACAGCAUUUUACAGUUCAGAACUGAUUUGGAGAGUCAAGUUAGCAAGAGAGGCUGUAAAACAAAGCUACGGUCAGGAUGUGUAAGCAAAGAAAGUGAUUGUGCAGCAGGGAACUUCAAGAGAAGAGCUAAGCAGUUGUCAGUGUCUGGUUGGGGUCCUAGGAUGGAUUGGUGUUCCCAUGUAACACUGAGUUUGUACUGAGCCUUUGGAUCGGUGUUUGCUUGGAAGAAAGCCCAAGAGCUGCUUUAUUACACCUUAAAGGCACUCACUUGUAAAUUUUACAUUCAGAGGUGCAAGAGGUAAAGAUUGGAUUCUUAAACACCCCUGUCAGGC